AUGUAUGAACUGUUCUUUGAGGAGAAACCAUUCUUUUCCAAUUCUCCUAAAAUUCACAAAUUUUCUCAAUCACCACAUCAAGAUUCACUUGCAUUAUCCGUUCCAGUGAUGGUGGUGAGGGGUGAACGUCCUAAAAUUCCCUGGAAUAACAAUGAAGAAUUGGAGGUGUGGUUGAGAGAGUUUAUUGAACCAUUUGAGAAGAAAAAUUCUCUAGAUCAUGAAACUGUUUGUAACGUGUGUAGUGAUUAUGUGGAAUUGAUGAAGCAAUGUUGGAAUUCCAUUCCAAGUAAGAGGCCUUCCUUCAGAGAAAUAACACAGUAUUUGGAAAAGAUUUAUUCAAAACUCAAAUAA